AUCCUAUACCAACGUUCGCUUUUUGUUGUGGGAGCAGCCAACGACCUGAGCGAGGAGUCCACAGAGUUCGGGUCGCCGCCGGUCGUCUACUAUGGCGAGUCCAAUGUGAACUUGGGCCAGCCCUUCUCGAUCACCUGCAUUAUACCGAUCACCGAGCAGAUCCAUUGGAUCAAGAACGGAGAGCCGAUCACACGGCACAAUCUGCGGCACGGGCGCGAUGAUCAUGCCUACGCUCUGUCGGAGAGUGCAUACGAGGGUGAGACGCACAAGAUUGAGGCGCAUUUGAAAGUGCGGCACGCCCUCAAGGUGCACGAGGGUCGCUACCAGUGCAACCAACUCCACAGCCCCUAUCACAUGUUGCACGUGCGGGAUUCCAAGGGAGCUGGAGCGGGAGCGGGCGAACCCACCGAGUCCGGAUACCAAACCAUCGACGAGCUGACGCCCAACUCGGCGGAUGACUUCUUCACACGAACGUGGCAGGAGCAACAGCAACAGCAGCAACAGUUGCCCCACCAGACACACAAGCAGCACAAGUCGCAUUUGGGCUAUGGAAACGCCAGCCUGUCCGGCUCUCAGCACUGGCAUCCCUCAGCGGGGGGAGGUGGAGGCGGCGGGAUCCAUCGCGUUUACUCGGCCACACCGCCGGACUUUCCACCACCGCGUUUCAAUCAGCAGGAGCACACGGUGGCACCGCCGGAGCCACCCACCAUACUGUACAAUCAGACGAAUCCCACUGCCAGCGCCACUGCCACGGAGGCCAGCCUGCUCCUGACGACGGCGCACCACCAUGCCCACCACCAGCAACAGUUGCAGCAGCAGGCGCAGCACACGCUGAACGCCUUCCAGUUGCCACUGCCUCCGCGACCCAAUCCUGGUCAGAAUGAGCGUUACCAGACCUAUGCACCGCACUAUGUGCCGCCAGUGGUGGGAUCAGGAACAGGUGGCGGAGCAGGAGGAGGCGUAGGAGGAGGAGGAGGAGAGCUAACCACCAUUUCAACAGCCACCAGCACAAAGGCCAUGAUGGUUGGUGGUGGUGGUGCAGGUCCUGCGGGUUCCAGUGCCCCAAUUAUGGGUGCUGGCGGCCACAUGCUGAUGGGUGGCCAGGUGCAUCUGCAGCACCAGACGCUCUUGCCCGUCAAGAUGGAUAAGCUGGUGCCAAACUAUGAUAAUAUCGAGCAUCAAAUGAAAUUUUUCGAAAUCAAAUUGCCGCUGGUUCUCAGCUGCAACGUGACAGAAGAAACGCAGAGCCUUCUUACAUGGAAAAAGAACGGCACCGACGUCAGGGCGAUAAAAAAGCUUAGCGAUCGCUUUAGGAUUAUUGAUGCCGAGAAAAAGUUCAUAAUUGACAAAACUGUUAUAGGUGACGAUGGCGAAUACAGUUGCGAGAUCGACGGAGUAUCUAAAAAAAUCAAUGUGAUUGCUCGCGUUAUUGUGGGAGUGCCUUCAAAUACAGCCGUUGUGGAGGGAGAGAAGAUGUCGGUGACCUGCACCGUUGUGGGAACCGACCCACAGUUGUCAUGGACUUUCGGCAAUGUUACGCUGACGAACGCCACAGAUCGCUUCGUCCUUAAACCGGAUAACAACAAGAUCCAGAACGCGAUUCUGACACUGGAUAAUGUGACAUUUGACGACAGAGGCGAGUACACAUGCCAUGGACGCAAUGCGGCCAAUGACUAUGGUGUGAACGGCACCCACACUGCUCCUGCCAGCGACUUCACAACUGUGCGUGUUAAGGGCAAAUUUGCCGCCUUGUGGCCUUUCCUGGGCAUCUGUGCUGAGGUGCUGAUUCUGUGCAUCAUCAUUCUCAUCUAUGAGAAGCGACGCAACAAGAGCGAACUGGAGGAGAGUGAUACUGAUCCCCAAGAACAGUAAGUGUGUCUACUCUCCAACCCAACACACCAACCAACCUACCAACCAAUCAACACCACAACAAACAAAAAACCAACAACAUAAACUGUCAACACCAAAUAAUAUUAAACAUCAGCAAAAAACAAAACAAAACAACAUACAAAACGCAGCAGAAGAGGAAAAAAGUUGAAAUUUUAGUUUUAUACUGCAAAUUAAAGACGUUGAAGCUGCAGGCGAAUGCGAAUGCAGACCAGACACACCAACAUAACCAUACGGAAACGGAUACAGAUACAAAUACGAAGAAGCAACGUACUUACGGACGGACAAACAAACGGACGGAGGAGCAGCAGCUACAACAAUUAGUGAAAUUUUCUUAGUUAACAAUUUCUAAUAGUUACCACAAUGGAAAAAAAAAGAAAAAUGAAUGAAUUUUUGUGUUUGACGCAAACGACGGAUACGCAAUAAAAUGAAAAGUUAAAGGUUAAGAAA